UUUGCUUUGACAGGUACGGGCGCUUUUUCGAUCUUCUUAUUUGUCGUUGCUGUUGGUACCUUUCAAUGGAAAACGAGCAGGCUCUUGAGAAAAUGGCUACGGCAGGCCCAGAUUACGAGCCGCUGCGAGAGCUAUUUCAGCACCAUAUCGACUCCUUCGAUCACUUGGUGGAGUUUGGGUUGGAGACUCUGCUCAUGAGCGUGAAACCUGUUGAAGUCGUUGAUUCAUUCACCAAACAGAAGCUUCGAAUUUGGUUUGGGCAACCGGAGUUAUACCCACCUCAAAAGGAGCGUUCUGCCCGGACAAUGCGUGAUGCAUUAUAUCCUUUCGAGUGUAGGCAAGCAAAAAUUUCAUAUUCGGGGAAGCUUUUGGCUGAUGUUUGCUUUCAAUAUGGGAAUGGAGUUGUCAUUAGAGAAAAAUUUAAUCUUGGGCAGUUUCCUAUAAUGUUAAAGUCUAAACUAUGUCACUUGAGAGGUGCCGAUCCCCAAAAGUUAGUUUCUUGCAAAGAAGAGUCAUCAGAAAUGGGCGGUUACUUCAUUUUGAAUGGGCUUGAGAGAGUUGUUCGACUUCUGAUCUUGCCAAAGCGAAACUAUCCAAUGAGCAUGGUGCGGAAUUCAUUUCGUGAUCGCCGAGAGGGAUAUACUGAUAAAGCAGUUGUCAUAAGGUGUGUAAGAGAAGAUCAAUCUGCAGUAACAGUCAAAUUGUAUUACCUUCGUAAUGGAAGUGCAAGACUUGGAUUUUGGAUACAAGGGAGGGAAUACUUGCUUCCUGUGGGUGUUGUUCUAAAGGCUCUGAUUGACACUACUGAUCAUGAAAUUUAUGAGAGUUUGACAUGUUGCUACAGUGAGAAAUAUGAAGGGGGAAAGGGUGCUGUUGGCACUCAGCUUGUGGGUGAAAGGGUGAAAAUUAUCCUUGAUGAAGUUCGGGAUUUGUCUCUUUUUACACGCCAUCAAUGUCUCCAGCAUAUUGGAGAGCAUUUCCAACUGGUGAUGGAUGGACUGGAAAAUGAAAGUUAUUCCAUUGUUGCAGAUGCAGUUCUUAGAGAAUACAUAUUUGUUCACCUUGAUAACAAUUAUGACAAAUUCAAUCUGCUCAUCUUCAUGGUGCAGAAGCUUUUCUCACUUAUAGAUCAGACUUCUGUGCCAGACAACCCUGAUGUAUUGCAGAAUCAGGAAGUAUUACUGCCUGGUCACUUGAUCACUAUUUAUCUCAAGGUACAAAUCCUGCAACUUUUAUCUCUUGGAAAGAUGUUUUUGUAUGCACAGAAACUUCCUAUGUAAUAUGUAUACAUGGUGUUACCACAAAUUUAUGGUGCCUUGCCAUCUGAGGACUAGAUUCAAUGACC